AACCCUGCGCGCUGGCGUAUAUAACAAGAGCUCCAGUUUAUUCGUAAACACAACAGUGUUUGGAAGUGAAUAUCGAGCAAUAACAUGACUGAAUUGGCAAUUUAAGAAGAAACUUUAUUUUAUUCCUCCUCAUCAUGAAGCGCCUUUACCUGGUGGAGCCGGUGGUGGCUCUGUAUGCUUUUAGCAGUUUUCUCAUCUACCCGCUGGUCCAGCAGUAUGUGUACAGGAGGUUCUGGCAGCAGCUGACCAACACGCCCUAUCCCGUCUCAGACAACACCUCCAGAUGUGCUCCAAGUAACAGCAGCAGCAAUCAGACCGACUUCCAUAAGGAGGUGCAGAAGCAGACGUCUCUUUUCUCCCUUUACUCUGAGCUCCUCUCCACAAUCCCAUCUUUGAUCGUUACUCUUGUGCUGGUGGCCUAUAGCGACCGGGGCGGACGCAAGAUCACCAUCAUUAUGCCUCUCAUCGGCAUGCUGAUAUAUACCAGCACCUUCCUAGCUGUGUCCUUCUUUGAGCUCAACAUCUACCUUCUCAUCGGCUCUUCCUUCCUUUGCUCUCUGUUUGGGGGUAUCAGCACUUUCCUGGGAGGCUGUUUUGCCUACAUAGCGGACUUGUGCCAAGACGACCGGCAGAAGACGCUGCGAAUGGCUGGAGUGGAUAUGAUGAUUGGACUGUUGUCUGGAGUGGCUGCGAUAUCUACAGGUUACUUCCUGAGAGCUGCAGGCUUUAACUGGCCUUUCUUUACUUCAGCCCUGUGCUUGUGUUUGACACUAGUCUAUGCAGUUUUUAUCCUGGAGGAGACUGUAAGAAAGACUCCCGCUGAUGGCAGUGAUAUAGACGGGACUCCCCAGUGCCCUAGGUUGAGACAGUUGAUCUUUGGGUUCUGCCAGAUCUUUGCAAGAGCAAGCUACAAGUGUAAAAUAGUCUUAGCCCUCCUGAUGAUCAUCUUCACCAGCUUCGUCUUCACCUACAUUGGAGGCAUCUCCUUGAUGACACUAUACGAGCUAAAUGAGCCACUGUGCUGGACUGAGAUUCUGAUUGGCUAUGGCUCAGCACUGUCCACCACGGUGUUCUUGACCAGUUUCCUGGGAGUGUCGGCAUUCACAUACUGUGGAGUCCCGCAGCUGCUGAUCGCUGCAUUGGGGAUCCUGUCUGUGCUGUCAGGAUUGAUCAUGGUGGCGUUUGCAAAGACCACAGUUCUGAUGUUUUUAGUAAGGAUCCCCAUGCUGCUGUCCAUAAUGCCUUUCCCUGUUCUCCGCUCGGUAAUGUCAAAAAUCGUCUCCAAGUCUGAGCAAGGAGCCCUUUUUGCUUAUCUUUCCUUUCUGGAGAGUUUAUUUAACAACGUUGGAUCUGCAGUCUUCAAUAGUAUCUAUGCUGCCACGGUGGGGUGGUAUCCUGGUUUUGUCUUCCUCUUAGCUGCGGGACUCUGUGUCAUUCCUUUAUCUGCGAUUGCUGCAGUGGCUUUAAUCGGAGUGGAUGUUACCACUGAACCCAUAAAGUCAGAAGAUGGAACCUCUGAGGAGGACGGCCAGGUUGAGGAGAACGACACCAGUCCUCUUCUAAGCUCUUCUUCUGUUAACACCUCAGCUGGACAUUGUUAACGUAUUUACCUUUUAAGUAUGUCAGUGACUUCAGUUUUCUGGGUUGAUACACCAGGAAAGUUUCAUCUUUUGUUGUUAAAUUAGUUUUGAUACAGUGCUUCUUCUUUUUGGAGGAACUUUGUUACUCAGCAUCAGUUUUAUUUAUUUUUUUAAAAUUCCAUUGACUUAGAAAUGCCAUCUAUUGACAAAAAUAUGCUUAAGAAGGAGAAAGUGAGCUUUUUCAGGGGAAUAUAUGUGCGCUGCGUCAUUUGAGAUGUAUGAAUGUUUUUACAACUUUUGAUUAAUUCAUAAUUAAUUCUUUAAUAAUUCCACCUUUUAAUUUACACCUUUUAACUGUUAGCUAUUUUUUUGGACAAUUUUCACCCAAGUUCUAAAGCUGCCUAAUUUUCAUACAGUUUGAAAUAACUGAUUUGAUCACAUUCGUUGACUUUUUACAAAUAUCGUUUUUUUUUUUUGGACUAUAAGCCGCUACUUUAUUCCCACGCUUUGAACCAUGCAGCUUA